AUGGCAUCUGCUGCUAGGAGUAAUCCUAGUAAUGCCACUGGGAUGGGCGAGCCCUUGGAUUUAGGCAAUAACAUCUUCCUUUACCGGCCCGCAUCGGCCUCAGUCUCCCCUUUGAACGAUCGCGAAGAAGACAUCACACCAGCCCCUACGCUCGUCAUCAUUUGCACAUGGCUCGGCGGCGCCUCCACACCGCGUGUUCACAAAUAUGUCGCCGGCUACCGGGCGCGUUAUCCGCAGACUUACAUCCUGCUCCUCCGCACUGUCUUUGCUGACCUUGCCUUCCGCUCAUUUACAGCCCUGCGCGCACGGCUGCGGCCCGCCCGGGCCGCAAUUGUAGAUAUUUUGCAAAAGACUGCCGCAAGUAGCAGCGGCCGGGACGUCCUAUUACACGUCUUUUCGCACGGAGGGUGCAAUACGGCACUGCAGCUCAUGGCGUCAGAUCCUGACGAUGACGAGGAUGACUCCGACGCUACAACCGGCGCAAUUGCACUUGUGCGUGCCCGCCUCGGCCUCGUCGUCUUCGACUCGUGCCCCGGCGACGCCUCGUUUGCGCACGCGUACCAAGCGGCGCUGAUCUCGCUCCCCGCCAACCGGCCGCUCGUCCGCGCUCUCGGUGCACCUCUUGUUGGCGGCACCGUCGCCGUGAUCCACGCUCUGCAAAGCGCAGGCGCUAUGCGCUCUGUCCACGACUUGCGCCGUGACCUGCUGAACCCCGCUGCCUUCGGCCCCGCCCCCGCCCGGCUUUACCUUUACUCUCGCGGUGACGCCGUGGUGGCCGCUGCCGAUGUCCUUGCCCACGCCGACGAGACACGGCGGGGACUGGGCUGCCGAGUCGGCAUAGUCGGUUUCGAGAAGGCGGAGCACUGCGCGCUAAUCCUCGAGGAUAAGGAGAAAUAUUGGAAAGCGGUGCAAGAGGCGUGGGAGGCGUGGGAGGAGUCCGAGAUGAUCCAACACGUGGGGAAGGAUGUCGGCGAAAGCGGGGAAUUAAAAGCGAUGCUAUAA